CCUUUUUCUCCUUCUUCUCGUUCUUCUUCCUACUACCUUUAUCUCUCUCCUCUUUCUCUCUCUCCUCUUUCUCUCUCUUCACCAGUUUCAUCUUCUUCAAUUUUUCCCCCAAAAACGUUGUUCUGCACGAGGGAAUCAAAGAACAGAAUUGUUUGCGAUGGCAGAAAAUGAGUCUCCAAACUUGCAAUUAGAUGACCUUUCACCAGAAGUUAUCAACCUUUCUAAAGUUCAAGACAAACCAACAGAGGUGCCUUUUGGCAUGCUUGGGUCUGCUACAGACGAAGAAUAUGCUUUUCUAACUCCAGCACUAAAGCUAAGCUCACAGAAUCAUGAUUACUCAGGUUAUAACUCGGAGACAUUUCUAAGCUCUGGUAGUGGAAGUUCUGACAUCUCUACGCGAGAAAUUUCUGAAACCCUAUUGUUCUCCUCCUCAUCGUCAGAUGCUGAAUCUGGUACAUAUGACUUGCCUACUAAGAAUCAUUCGCUCCAACAUGGCAACGGUGAUGAAGCCCUUCAGCCUAAAGUUAUUGAGGUGGAAUUUGACACUAAUGCCGUGGAAGAGAACCUCCAUAUGACUAAAAAAGAUGAUAGAGAAGAUAUGAUUAAAGAAAACGACAUAGUCUACGAAGAAUUGCUUGAAAAAGUGGCCAGUUAUGAGGUUGAGCUUAAGCUCACCAAGGAAAAGCUUCAAUCUUCUCAAGAAGAGAUUUCCAAGUUGAAGUACGAGAAUAUGACUUUGGUUGAAGAGCUUGGAGGGACAAUAGAAAAGCUUCGCAUUUCUGAGGACAAUAUGGGCAAAAUGGAGAAAAAGCUCAGAAAUGAAUUUGAUGAACAACAGAUUCAGUUUCAAGGUAAGCUUGACAUGGCCAACCAAAGCAUUGAUCUCUUACAAUCUGAGCUGGGUUCAGAGAGAGGACUAGUUUUGGAGUUGCAGGAGACGAUUGAUAAAACCACGAGUGAUUUAAAUGAUUAUGGUCGUAAAGUUGAACAGUUCAAACUUGCCCUACUUGAUGUUCAAAAGGAUUUCUCUAGUCAGUUAAAUGAGCAAAAAGAUACUUUAGAGCGAAAAAUCAAAUUGUUAGAGGAGCAGAUAAGCCAGUAUGAGGUUGAAAAGAUUGAAGCUGGAAAGCUACAAGAAGCACGAGAAACAGCUUGGUUGGAUGAGAUCAAACAAUUCAACAUGGAAUUAUCCCAGAAAUGUCAGCUUGUUGACUCUACGAACAAAGAUCUUGAUGCUAUUAAACUCAAGUAUGACAUGCUAAAGGCGGAGAGAGAUGAAGACUUGGCCAAGGUGCAGACGCUCGUUGCUGAACUGGGUGUUCGGGACGACAAUAUACUACAAAUGGAGGAGCGUAUGACGACAUUAGCUACUGAACAUAAGGAGCUGCUUGAUGAAUCAGAAAAGACAGAGAAGCUAGUAAAGGAAUUAAGGUUGAAAGUAACUGAUCAGGAGAAAGAACUGGAAAAGCAAAGAGUCAUUAUCUGUGAUAGGGCAGAGGAAAAAAGAGAGGCAAUACGACAGCUUUGUUUUUCGUUGGAGUAUUACAGAAAUGGGUACCAUGAACUCUGCCAGGCUUUUAUCAAGCACAAGCAGCCUGCAGUUUUGGCUGCCUAAGGAAGUAUUCCGAACAUUUGCGUACUAGUAUUGUUGCUGAUUAAUUUUGUUAGUUUUCUCGUCCUGUUUCGUCUAUAAUGUUGUUUUGAAGCAUGUGUUUCCAUGUGAUUCAACUAUAGUAUAGGUAGUGCUUUUAUUUAUCCUGUCUAGGUUCUCCCUUGUUUGACAGUGGUCAUGUAUUAUUUCUAUUGUGUUCUAUAAUAGCAAAAGUUGGUUUCA